GGUCGUUACGUCAUAACAGUGCGCCCGACUCUCACGAGUUGAAAAUAUUCACUGUUGUUGUAUUUAUGUCGUUUACAAGUUCUUUAAAAAGCUUUUUAGCAUCGCCGUAUCUUUUUAUGUGUUUAUAGAUCUAAUGUAUAUCAGUUUUGUGUUACUUCCUCUUUCAGUUUGCCGGAGAAGACGAUCUUUAGCAGCAUAGCACUUUACUUUCACUUUAUCAGUUAUCAUGAGAUUCUCGUUUUCUCCUGACACACAUUUAUACUAGAACUAUUGUGAUUUCCGUUGAUUUUUGAGGAAUAUACAUUCAUUUCACUUUAUAAUUUACAACAAAUGGAAAAAGCUCUACAUGAUGACUGCUGUUAUGCAGACGGGGAGUCGAAACGAAACGACGCCGCGGUCGCAGAUUUAUUGGACUUUCUGCGCAUCGAUGUGGAGCUCGAGCCCGUGAGUGCCGACAGAGAGGAAACCUCGUGCUCUAAAAAUGUCAUGCGCAAGCAGCGUAACUGGGAGAGAAGACUGGAGUUGAAAAAGAGCAAAAGAAAAGAGGAGAAACAAAGAAAGAAGCUCAACAGACAAUAUAAAGAUGUGAAUGAGCCACAGCUCAGCAAACGUAUCAUUAAAGCGAUUACCAAAGAAAGACUGGAAGAGGCCAGAGCAGCAGGACUGUGUCUGUGUGUCGACCUCAGCAUGACUGACUGCCUGUCAGCAAAAGAAAUCAGUCGACUUGCAGGUCAGAUCAGGCGCCUCUAUGGAUCCAAUAAGAAAGCCUUACAACCAUUCCACAUUUUCCUGACAGAAUUCAAGGAGGACAGUCUGCUGUAUAAGGAGUGUGUUCGGAUGAAUGACGGCUUCCUGAAUUAUUUGAUUGAUGUGACGGAGGAGAGCUGGUUUCAUCUGUUUCCCUCUGAAGAUGUGAUAUACUUAACCCCAGACGCAAGUGAAGCUUUAGAAUAUGUGGAGGAAGAUAAAGUUUAUAUCCUUGGAGGUUUAGUGGAUGAAACCAUACAAAAGAAAAUAAGCUACAUGAGGGCUAAAGAGCUCGGCAUUCAGAUGGCGCGGCUGCCUAUUGACGAGUACAUGGUGAAGAGACCAAACCCCAAAAACUUCCACUCCAAAAUCCUAGCCAUCAACCAAGUGUUUCAAAUCCUACUGACAUUUCGGGACACCAAAGAUUGGACUAAAGCACUUGUCGCUGGUAUCCCUCCUGGAAAAGGUUACAUGUUGGCCUCAGCAGCAUCUACAGACGUGAUAAACCCUCAUGAGGAGCUGUAGACACUCACUGUAGAGUGUCUUGAGCAAUAUACAGUGUUAUAAAAUCAUCUAUAUGAGAUAACUUAAUGUCUGACUUGAAUCAGUAAAAUUUAAAAUCCAUCUUUUGUUUGAUUUAUUUUAAAAUGCUCUCAUUCAGUUGUCUCAAGAAUAGUUUCCACACAGUCAAAAACUGGACUGGUGGAUUUUUUUGUCAGCAUUAAAGCCACUGGAUCAUAUCACUGAUA